GUACGUGUUCUCGAAGAAGAGCUACCGCAUCACAUUUGUCUUCACCACGCUUGUGAUGGUUGUGGCCAGCAUCUUUGACCUCAUCAUUGUGGAGCGGUGGAACCGUCCGCGUGUCAGCGAUCACGUGGUGUAUGUGCUUGGUGACCAGGUCGUCUACCAGGUGUGUUACAUGCUGCACUUCAUGCCAGGCAUAAUCCUACUUUCCCGGCUGUGUCCGCGUGGGACGGAGAGCAUGGUGUACGCGUUGCUAGCAGGGUUCGCGAACUUUGGGCAGGCAGUUUCGAACACCGUCGGCUCGCUGUUGAUGGAAUUUAAGUGGCCCGUCGAGACGGAUCCCGCUGUCGGCUGCGACUUCAGCAACGUCAAGUGGCUCUUGAUUGUGGGGCACCUCCUCUGUCCGCUCGUGUGCAUCCCGCUGGUGUUUCUGCUGAUCCCGGCCGCACGUAUCUGCGACAACAUUGACGUGGAUGGUCGUGUCGUCCGGCCACAGGAGCCACCCGGCGACUGUAAGGUUGAGGGAAGCAGGGAGUCAUUGAGUGCUCAAGAGCCCGUGCUGAAGUGA